AUGCAGCACUACGGGGUGAACGGCUACUCUCUCCACGCCAUGAACUCACUGAGCGCCAUGUACAACCUUCACCAGCAGGCGGCGCAACAAGCCCAGCACGCACCUGACUACAGGCCUUCAGUGCAUGCCCUCACACUUGCAGAGAGACUGGCUGACAUUAUCCUUGAGGCCCGAUAUGGCUCCCAGCACCGAAAGCAGCGGCGCAGUCGGACGGCCUUCACCGCCCAGCAGCUGGAGGCCCUGGAGAAAACCUUCCAGAAAACCCACUACCCUGAUGUGGUGAUGCGCGAACGCCUGGCCAUGUGCACAAACCUACCUGAGGCACGUGUACAGGUGUGGUUCAAGAACCGCCGGGCCAAGUUCCGUAAGAAGCAGCGCAGCCUGCAGAAGGAGCAGCUCCAGAAACAGAAAGAGGUGUCGGCAGCCACAGAGGGUUCUCCGGAGGACCCCAAGACCGAUCCCAGCACCACCACCCUGGUCCCUGAGGCCCGCACCCCUCCUCCACCCUCCUCCUCCUCCUCCUCUCACUCAGACACGGAGAGGCUGGCAGCAGCAGCAGCAGCAGCAACGCGGCCCCAGCCUGGCGAGAUGAGUGUGGAAGUCAACGUCACCUCCCCUGAGCCUUCGGACAGCGAGUCAGCAGGAGAAGAUAAUGCUGACAGGGAGGAGGAAGAGCUGAGGGGGGAGACGAGGGGGGAGAUGAGGGAGGAGACGCAGGGGGAGGUGGGGGCACAGCCAGGGAGCAGCUCCCCGUCCUGCAAACGCCUCAGCCCCACACCAGACUCUCCGCUCGGCUCCCCCAGCCUGCCUUCAUCCAGCAGCGUGACUGGUGGUCUGGUCCAGAGCAACUCCUACGCCUCAUCUCCCCUCAGCCUCUUCCGGCUGCAGGAGCAGUUCCGACAGCACAUGGCAGCCACCAACAACCUGGUACACUACCCGUCCUUUGACAUGAGCACCCCGUCCACGCUGCCCUACCUCGGUAUGAACGUCAACAUGCCACCCCCGCUGGGCUCACUGCCCUGCCAGUCCUACUACCAGUCCCUGUCCCAGGCCCAGCAGGUGUGGAACAGCCCACUGCUGCAGGCGCCAGGCAGCCUCCCAGGAAGCCUCAACAGCAAGACCACCAGCAUCGAGAACCUCCGUCUGCGGGCCAAGCAGCAUGCGGCCUCUCUGGGUUUGGACACACUUCCUAACUGA